AUGGCCGAGCCGGCGCUGGAGCUGCGGCUGCCGGAGGGCGCGCAGGCGGCGGGACCGCAGGGAGGAGGUCAGGCCCCGCUGCCGGCCGUGAGCAGCGCUGGCCCACAGGAGCGCGCCGAGGAGGCGAAGCCAGAUCUGCUCCAGGAAGAUGAUGAUUCUUGUAGUGAUUAUGGCAGUCGUGACAAGCCAGGGACUGCUUUAGGAAGGACUGUGCCAGAUGGGAACGUGUUUUUUCCAGAUAUUUUUCACACCGAUCACCUUUUGUUUUACGAGCGAUUUAAAGCUUACCAGGACUACAUCUUGGCUGACUGCAAAGCUUCUGAGGUGAAAGAAUUCACAGCUGAGUACCUGGAGAAGGUCCUUGAACCAUCUGGAUGGCAGGCAGUCUGGCGCACUAAUGUGUUUCAGGUCCUUGUUGAGGUUGUUGAUGUGGAUUACUCGGCUCUGAAAGCAGUUGUGCAACUCAGCAAGCCUUUCCUGUGCGAGUCACAGGAUAGCACAUUUACCUUGGAGUGCAUGCAGGAACUCUUGGAGCUGAAGGAGCGUCAGAUACCACUGCAGGAGCUGUGGGUUGUGUAUGAUGAGUCAGGAGAGUUUGACCAGACAGCACUAGCUGUAGAGCAUGUCAGGUUCUUCUACCAGUGCAUCUGGAGGACCUGGGAUGAGGAGGAGGAGGAUGAUUUUGAUUACUUUGUGCGAUGUGUUGAGCCUCGACUGAGACUGCAUUAUGACAUCCUUGAACACCGUGUGCCUUCUGGGCUUGUAGCUGAUUACCAGAACUUGUUGUCUCAAUGUGAAGAGCUUUACAGGAAGUUUUUAAAUGUGAGGAACAGCAUAUCAAGCAGUGAUUCGGACUCAGAAGUAGAAAACGUCUCCAUGGUGGAAGGACUAAAAUUGUAUGAGAAAGUAGAGCACUUAAAACAAAAGCUAAAACUAAUUGAGAAUCCUCUGCUGAGGUAUGUGUUUGGCUACCAAAAAUACAGUGGUCUCCAAGCUAAAGGACUGAGACCAACGGGUACCAAGAUCACUCAUGUUGUAUCCUCAACCAUGAUGGCAGGUCUGCUGCAGUCAUUGAUAAGGGACAAACUUUGCCCUGAUUCUUGUGGUGAAGAACUAGAAAUACAGUUUCACAGUGAUCCACUGGCAGCUGUAAAUGCCUGUUAUGAAGGAGACACAGUCAUCAUCUGUCCUGGUCAUUAUGUUGUAGAUGGCGUGUUCUGCAUUGCUGAUUCAGUUGAACUAGAAGGCUAUGGCCUGCCAGAUGAUAUUGUGAUAGAAAAACAAGGGAAAGGAGACAACUUUGUUGACUGUGCAGGAGCCGAUAUAAGGAUCUCCAGUUUGAAGUUAGUGCAACAUGAUGCUGUGGAGGGUAUUUUAAAUGUCCAUCAUGGGAAAACCACCCUGGAGAAUUGUGUGUUACAAUGUGAAACUACAGGCAUAACAAUACGAACAUCAGCUGAGCUACUAAUGAAGAACUCAGAUCUGUAUGGUGCCAAGGGUGCUGGUGUGGAAAUAUAUCCAGGUAGUACAUGCACGCUGUUAGACAACGGCAUACACCACUGCAAGGAGGGAAUACUUAUAAAGAACUUUUUAGAUGAACAUUAUGACAUCCCCAAGAUAACCAUGGUCAAUAAUAUGAUCCAUAAUAACGAAGGAUAUGGUGUGGUCCUGGUUAGACCAACAAUGCCCUGUGAUGUAAAGGAUGCUUCAGCAGAGAGAACAAAAGGGAAUACACAGCCUACCCGGUCAGGUGAUGGGACAGCCUGUGUAGAGGACUUCCUUCAAGAAGAACUACCUGAAUGUGUAACUGAUGAGUUGGAGCUUUAUGAGCAAGCUGAUAUUUCUGAACAAACUGAAGGCAAUUAUGAAAUUGCAAAUGAACUUGGGGCUACUUCUGCAAAGAAGAGCCAGAUGCACAAGAAAAGACUGAGUGAACUGGGAAUCACAGAAGCUGAUGACAACUUAAUGUCACAGGAAAUGUUUGUUUCUAUUGUGGGCAAUCAGUUCAAAUGGAAUGGGAAAGGAAGUUUUGGUACCUUUCUUUUCUGACUGUUCUGACUCCUAAUGGCAUUGCAAUAAGAGAUUUGCACAAGCUGUUAUUUUCCCUGCUGCUUUCCAAGGAGUUAACCUGUUCCAUUAGCCUUCCAUAAUGUUACUAAAAUGUGAUAAAUAUUUAUUAAUAGGAUAUAUACUGCAUGCGGAAACCUUGCUUCCUUGCUGCAAGUAUGGAUAACACGGUAGAAUACAGAAGUCUAGCAUGGAGACUGUGCAUGUAUUCUACUAAUUUACGUGCUGCUUUUUUGCUAGCUCUCUGAUUCAUGUUUUUAGUGUAUUUAUUUAACUACUCAUUGUAAAAAAAAAAAUCUUCAAAGAAAGAAAAUAUAGAUAGGGUUCGUCAUGAAAGAGUGGACAACAAAUGUGCAGCAAUUAGUGGUACAUUUUCCUCCAUAUUUUUAAGUGUCAUUAGUCUGCAGCUGACUGCUAUAAGAGAUUGACAUACUUUUUAAUUUUUCACAUUGAACAGAAGCUAGUGAAAUGCUUCUCCUUAGGAAUGUAGUGGUUGGCUGCCAUGUUUCAUACUUGAAGGAUUUUCUAGAAAACUUAGCAUUUGGAAGGGUAGCAUCACUCAGUCUUCUGUGUCUUUCUGUCCCCAGCUGUUUACUUCCAACAGCUACCAGUGCCUGUGCACCUUUUCCUUAGGGAGGACAGCAUCUAACUAAACUCAUUAAUCUGAAUAAAGAGAAAUCAAAAUAGAUGUCUCUCUGUCUAUUAGUGGUAUUCGUACUGUACCUUUCAGUGCAUUAUUCUAAAGUUUUUAAAACUGUAUGCCACUUGUGGUAGCUGAAGUUUUGGAAAUUAAUGGAAAAUGUAAUAAAUUACUUUCCACUGCAGUCUUACCAGCCCACAGCUGUGGAACAUUCAGUAAAACAAAGGCACUUCAGUGGCUCACUGUUGCACAUUUUUAGUUUUUGAGGGAAAAAUUGGAAGGACUGUCUGAUUGAGGACUCUUCCUUCUCAGUGCCUCUCUGAUUUUUAAUUACAAAUCCAGAUGCCUUCUUCAAACUGUCUUCAAGAGUUGUAGGUCAGUUUUUGAACUGUUGUGUGAAAUGUACGUAGGAAAAUACUAACUCCUAAGUGAUUCGGGACAUCCUAUGAAACGGGAUCAAAUAUGGUGUUAAGAAGGGAAGCGUGUUGACAGCCAUUUGAUUUUGGAAUAAUUUUUGAAAGUAGCUUGGCAGGUGUAUGCCUUCACUGGAAAUGAGUGCGUUGCCUAGAAGUGGAUGUGAAUAGUCUGCUCCAGAUUUUUUCACUCUAGCCAUUCUUACAUUAAGAUGACAAUGAAAAUCCACUUCACUACAUGAUUUGUUUUAGUGUGAGCAGCUGAUAGAAAGAAAGAGGAAGGUGAAAUUUACAAGCAUUUCUUUCCAUUAUGUGAACCACAGAAUUCAUUGCAGCUUUCCUAGCCCUCUGCUUCCGUUUUAUUCUGCUCAGGACACUUGAC